AUGCUGUUCACCCUUUUAUUCUCUGCCUCUUCCGCCUCUUUAUUUCUCCUUUUCACUCUCUUACUUCCUUCCCCUUUUUCGCUUAUUCUUUUCCCCUCUCUCUUUUACCCUAUCCGUUUUCAGCCCACUUUUUCAUUUACUUCCUUUUCCAUAUAUAUAUACUUUCUAAUUCCCCCCACCCUCUCUCUCUCUCUCUCUCUCUCUCUCUCCCUCUCCCUCUCGUUUGUUACUUUUCCCUCUCUUUCCCUCUCCGCCUUCAUUACUCCCACUCCUUUUCUCUAUCUUUCUUCAUUAUUCUCUCUCUCUCUCUCUCUCUCUCUCUUUCUCUCUCUUUCUCUUUUCGUUUUUAAACUUCUUCCUCUCUUUACCUCUCCGCCUUCAUUUGUCCCACUCCAUUUCCCAUUUUUAUAUUUUUGUUCUUUUGAAAAUUUACUUUGUCAUCUCUCUAAAUUUCCACAGUUUCUUUUUGUCUGUCUGAUGUCUGCCUGUCUGUCUCUCUCUCUCUCUCUCUCUCUCUCUCUCUCUCUCUCUCUCUCUCUCUCUCUCACUCUGUUUCUUGCUUUACUUCAUCCUCUCUUUCUCUCUACGUCUUCAUUUCUCCCAUUCUUUCCCAAUUUUCCGCCUCACUCUCGCUUUUCAUUUCUCCUCUCUCCCUUUCUCUGUCUUUCUUAUUUACAUUUUUGUUCUGUUGCAUCUCUCUUACUUAUUAUUUAUUUAUUUAUUUAUUUUGCUUUCUUCUUUCUAUCCGCUUCCCACCUAGAAAUUCUCGGCGCCUACAGCCUUUCAGUCCUCUUCCACCUCUUCUUUCGGGUCCCGUAUCUGGAUCCGCUCCCGGUCUUUCUUUUUCAUCACCACCUUGGCCCCUUCAAGGUUCCUACCUACAACCCAUCUAUCUAUUCUAUCCCAGAGUCGUUCGCUGGUCCGAGCCGCCUCUAUGGUUGCAGCCAGGCUGACCAGUCCCCACUUCAGAACAUAGCCCCUAUCAUAACUUUCUCUCUCUCUCUCUUCCACUCUCUCUCUCUCUUCCACUCUCUCUCUCUCUCUCUCUCUCUCUCUCUCUCUCUCUCUCUUUAUUAA